AUGGCCAGGCCACCUUGGCGCCGCCGCGGAGGCCGUUCACCUCGCCACGGGCCCGUCAUGGCCUUGCCUGGCGUCCACCGACCUGACGCCGAGGAGCAGUCCGGAGGAUACGACUACCCCGACUUCCAGGAGCACUACGAGGAGACCCCAAGACCUGACGCCGAGGAGCAGUCCGGAGGAUACGACUACCCCGACUUCCAGGAGCACUAUGAGGAGACCCCAACUUUCCCCCUCCGCAACCUCCGCCCGUCGCCGCCCGCGCCGUCCUCCUUCCGCCGCCGCUCGGUCCUCCACCCGCCCCCGCCGCGCGGGUCGUCCUCCACCGCCGGCCGCGACGUCCCGGCUGCCGAUCCGCUUCCCCGGCCGCGCCGCCGCUUCGUUCCCGGCUGCCGGUCCGCCCCCGUCCCCGGCGGAUCCAAGCCGUCCGCGCCAUCCCGGCCGCUCCGUCUCCGGCGCCACACCACUGCUCCGUCCCAGCCGCCGAUCCGCAUCCCUGUCCCCGGUGGAUCCACGCCGGCCCGGCCGCCAAUCCGCCGCCGCCGCCUCGCGCCCGGCAGCCUUUCCAUCCGCGGCGCCGCACCACUGCUCCGUCCCAGCCGCCUAUCCGCAUCCCCGACCACCGUCCGCUCCGUCCCCGGUGGAUCCACGCCGGCCCGGCCGCCAAUCCGCCGCCGCCACCGCCUCGCGCCCGUCCUCCGCCUGCCGCCGCUCGCUCCUCGCCGCUGGCGCGCCCGCUGGUGCGCGCACGUCUGCCGGACCCCGUCCGCCGUCGUCGUCUGCGUCGAGCUUUGCUACAAGGCCGGUGAGUGGAAGACACUCACUGACCGUUCUCUCCAAGAGAGACCAGCUCAAGCAGGAUGCACAUGGUACUUGGGGGGUGUGAUUUACAUGGCUGUGCCGUUCUACAAGAGGGCCAGGAAGAUCGAAGAAAUUUGGAGACGUCACAAUUCUGGCCCCAUGUAGACAUGCAUGGCUGGGAGUCUGGUCUUGUGAUCGGAAUGAGUAAAAUUCUAUGGACCAAUUCAGGUCCUGAGUUCGACUCCCGGUGGGAGCGAAUUUCAGGCUGAGGUUAAAAAAAUCCCCUCGCCUGCCUACACGCCAAAGCACAUGGAAAUAGGUCCCGGCUCACCCCGGCCUGCUCUCACACGGGUUACGGUAUGUAAGGGUGGGGCAGGGGUUCGGGGGUUUUCUGGGCCUGCGUGAGAGGUCUUCUUCUUACAUUAAUGCCUGGGGGCGGCUUGCCCCUCGCAGGUCGAGUUUUUUAAGUUCUUAGAAUAAGAAAAUAAAUUAUAUCCUUUUCUCUUUUACCCUUUUCCCCUGGGAGGUUUCUUGUUCUCUCAAUGCCAUGAUCCUGAUAUUGUUCUCACAUUCCAUGAAUUAAUUGGUGAGUUUGAGUUUUUCUUUUCGAAAUAUUUUGAGGCUGCAAUAUUUUGUUACUAAAUAACUGAUAUAUUGCUGCGGAGUACAGGAUGGCAUUCUUCUUCCAUAUCUGCAGCUACCAUGGCCAUUGGCAACACUGGAUUAAUAUUUUAUUUUUCCAUUUGGUGAACUAUGUGUGUCUCUAUAUUAUAUUGCUCAUGCUAGAUCAUCUUGUUAUUAUGCUUCAGUGUAGUUGUUGAUUAGACUAUGGACUUGCUGCUUCCUUCAGUUUCAUAAUGACUCUUUACGAAAAUGGUACUUAAAUUGCUGAAUAUGUAAAAUGAUAUACUAUUUUUUUCUCUGAUGGUAAUAAUCUUGGACAGAUGCAGUUGCAACGACAGACAUUUAGGGAGUUUCCAUGACAUAUGUUGAGACUGAUUCUAAAGAACAGAAACAACGGCCAUGGUAUUAUAGGCAAUUUUGUGAUUUUUUUGGAUUUAGAGUUCUUUUGUGGUUUUAGCUGGGUGCAGGGCACUAUCUUGGGAGCUUGUAUCAAUUCUUUUAGGAAUAGUCCAAGAACAUCUUUAGUAUGGCCACUUCUUACAAACAGUAUGGACAUUUUCAGUUUGCCUAAACUUUGAUGGUUUUGAGAUGACCACUACUGUUUUUUAUGAGCAGGUUGGGUAGAGAUAUUUGAGGAAAGUUUAUUUUCAUGACACAUUUUGUACGUAAUGCCUAACAGCUGCAGCCUCUCUAAAUAAACUGCAAACAAUAAUGCUUGCUUUAGCAUCAGUCGGUAAGAUAGAAAAGCUUUUAGCAUGCAUCUUCCAGUUGCCUUCAGGUUGUUUUCACUCAAUAUAUAUAAUAAUGCUUUUGUUUAUGUUAGGUACAAAUGUAAGCAGAUGAAUGAAUAAACAAUUAGGACAAUACUAUUUUGUGUCUUUUCAACUGUGGAUGUCACACUAAUCCCUACGAUUCAUUUGGAAGUUCAGUAGCAAAACAAUGUCUUCAGCAUCUCAGGAAUCUAUAGUUCUAUGUUCAUUUCUCUGUUUAUUACAACAUCAAGAUAUACAAGGACUGAAGUUCCCAUAGUCCCAUAUGAAGGUGACAUCGUAAGAAGCAUCAGUUGGGCGUUUAAAUGAAGCUGUUAGGUUCAGACUUCAGUAACGGUGUGAACUUUGCCAUUGCUAAGUCAAUGGUGAGGCUGGAAGACAUGUUGGGAGAGACCACCUCUUGCAGUUCACCUGAUUAUGAGAUGUGAGGGUGAAAGAGUUUCCGUCAAAUGGGUUCACACAAAAUAUUUGAAAACAGCAUGAAGCAUGGUGGUGGUGUUUGGAUGAAGCUCACUUAGGCUAUCAAAUCAACUUUGUUUUAAUACCAUAUUUAGACAAAUUAUGCUAUUUUUCUAUUUACAUUGUGUGAUGUAAAAUGCUAUUUAUAUAGAAAAAAGUUGAUGCUUGUGAUUUCAA